AAAAAAAACAUUAGCUGCCAUUUUGCUGCAUUUGAGUUCAAUAGCGUUCGUUUUUAUGAUAAUACUCGCAUUUCUUUCGUAAAUCUAUUGAAAAUCUUUAUAAGUUCGUGAAAUUUGAAAUCGAAGCAGCACAACAAACAUAAAAAUGGCAGCAAGCGACUCUGGGACGGAUGAGUCACUGUAUCCUAUUGCGGUGCUCAUCGACGAGUUGAAAAACGAGGAUGUGCAGCUUCGUUUGAACUCUAUCAAGAAGUUAUCCACCAUCGCGUUGGCCCUCGGAGUGGAGAGGACUCGUUCAGAGCUCAUCCCGUUCCUGACAGAGACUAUUUACGACGAAGAUGAGGUUCUACUCGCCCUCGCCGAACAACUUGGAAACUUCAUCAAUCUGGUUGGUGGUGGUGAGUUUGCUCACUGUCUGCUCCCCCCAUUGGAGUCUCUGGCCACUGUAGAAGAGACGGUAGUCCGUGACAAGGCUGUAGCAUCGCUCCGUGCUGUGGCUGCUCAUCACACUCCUCAAGCUUUGGAGCAGCACUUUGUACCGCUGGUGCAGCGUCUUGCUGGUGGUGACUGGUUUACUUCCCGUGCGUCUGCAUGUGGACUGUUCAGUGUCUGCUACCCCCGUGUAUCAGCCCCGGUUAAAGCGGAGUUACGCCAACAUUUCCGCUCCCUCUGCCAGGAUGACACCCCCAUGGUCCGUCGCGCGGCCGCCUAUAAGCUGGGCGAGUUCGCCCGCGUCGUGGAAGUGGAAUACGUCAAGAGUGACCUGAUACCUAUGUUCGUUACGCUGGCUCAGGAUGAACAAGACUCAGUGCGUCUACUCGCAGCAGAGGCCUGCGCCGCCGUAGCUGCGCUCCUGCCUCCUGAAGACAUGGAGCAGCUGGUGAUGCCCACAGUUCGCGCCCGAGCAGGAGACACCUCCUGGAGGGUGCGGUAUAUGGUCGCUGACAAGUUCGUGGAGCUGCAGCAAGCAGUAGGCCCUGAGCUGGCGCGGUCAGACCUGGCGCAGAUCUUCCAGGCGCUGCUCAAGGACACCGAGGCUGAAGUACGCGCUGCCGCCGCUGGCAAGGUGAAGGACUUCUGCAUGAACUUAGACAAGGCGCAUCAAGAGCACAUCAUCAUGACAAUGAUCUUACCGCAAAUCAAGGAUUUAGUGUGCGACGCGAACCAACACGUCAAGUCCGCUCUCGCUUCCGUCAUCAUGGGCUUGAGCCCCAUUGUCGGUCGCCAGAACACCAUCGAACAUCUCCUGCCUCUGUUCCUCACUCAACUGAAAGACGAGUGCCCAGAAGUCAGGCUCAACAUCAUCUCCAACCUUGAGUGUGUCAACGAAGUCAUUGGAAUCCAGCAAUUAGUGCAAUCUCUCCUCCCCGCCAUCGUUGAACUCGCUGAAGACACAAAAUGGCGCGUCCGUCUGGCCAUCAUCGAACACAUGCCUUUACUCGCUGGCCAGCUCGGCCAAGAGUUCUUCGAUGAAAAACUCACCGGUCUAUGCAUGUCUUGGCUCAUCGACCACGUUUAUGCUAUCCGUGAGGCUGCCACUCUCAACCUUAAGAAAUUAGUAGAACAAUACGGAUCACAGUGGGCUGAGACUAAUGUCAUCCCCAAAGUACUGGCCAUGUCCCGCGAACAGAAUUACCUGCACAGAAUGACUUACUUAUUCUGCAUCAAUGUGCUGUCCGAAGUUUGCGGCAAGGAUAUUACUACUAGAGUACUCUUGCCCACUGUCCUGUCCAUGGCAGAUGACAAUGUUGCCAACGUGAGAUUCAACGUCGCCAAGACUCUGCAGAAGAUGGCGCCAUUCUUAGAUCCCGCCGUCAUCCAGCCACAAGUGAAGCCAGUCCUCGAGAAACUGAACGUAGAUCCCGACGUGGAUGUCAAGUACUUCGCCUCCGAAGCCAUCGCCGGCAUCGCUGGAUAAAAUAGCUCUAAGGCCACACAAAAAAAUUGCAUUCGACGUAGCAAAAUUACAGUUGCGGGUAUUAAAUAUCAGGGCAUGAUUCGGAAGAUAGAAGAUGCAGUUUUUUAUUACAAUAUUCAAUAUAAAUAAUGUUAGUAAUGAACACAAUACGACCCAUGUGCCUAGGUUUAAGCUGGAGUAUUUUAUAACUUAGUAUUUAUCAUUCAACGCCCGGCGGAAUUCGAGUUUCGUAGGGAAACUUUCGUAUCUAUUUGUAGAAAACUAAUUUCUUCAUUCCAGUUAACAUCUGAAAACGUAUAUAAAAUUAUUUACAUGGCUACGCAAAGCAUGUACAUAGUGUCUGAUACAAUUCAAUAAAAUAUUAUAAACUACAAA